AUGACAACAGAAGCACGGGCUUUCAUUAUCGACGGUGUUUCUGGAAAACUGAAACGGCACCGGAAACGAUGCAUACAACGCCUAGGACCCCGAACGCUAUUUAAUGUGUCAUGCCGCGGAGUAGAAGUUAUCGUUUAUACAGUCAACUGCAAUGACUGGCUUGUCACCACUGGGGAAGAAGAGAGGGACUCGAAUGAAACACGCCCGAGAGUACUAGUUCCGAUGAGAAAGACAAGCUAUAAACAGGAGGCAGCACGGAUGCGACAGCGGGAACGACGCCGAGAGAAAGCGGACCAAGAAAAUUCCUCAAGUUCUCAAGAUGCGGAGCUCAUCACGGAUGAUUCAUCACUGAGCGAAGACGUCGCGGAUACCUUCAGAGCCGCCAUCAUGUUGUAUAUUUUCUUUGACAAAAAAGGCCACGAUCGCCAAGUCAAGCCACUAUGCGUUCCCGCAAGCUGCAGGAGGUCAAUCAAGCUCGUGAAUUUGUAUUCCUUGCUAGUCCUCAACGGGUCACCGCCGUCCAAAUUUAGAGAACCACCACGAGGUCCCAACGAAGAGAAGUGGUUUCGGCAUGAAACACUCCAGCAUCUCAAAGACCUAGAAAGGCAAUGGUCUGACAUGAGCUAUCGGCAGCUUUUCACAGGAGUCCACUCUGUUCUCUUAACACUCUCUUCAUAUGACUUACGCUUCCAAGGCAUGAAACAAAGACGGGCGCCAAGUGAGUCUCGGGAAGUUUUACUUUUGAAUUGA